CGACGGGUGAGUGGAACGUAUAAAUUGUGCAUCUUCGGUGACGAUUGUCCUUUUUGUCAUAACUGGCGUCCAGUAGAAUCGUGCCUAUCUUGUAAUUGAUUUGAUUAUAUUCUAAUAAAAUGGAUCCUAUGUCUUAUAAUUUUAAUAUGGAAGAUCAAAAACUUUUUACGACUGCCACCGAUACUACGGCUACGACAACAACAGAAAGUUUCAUUACGACUGGCUCGGAUAAUAAGAAUUUGAGUGCCGAGCAGGGUGGUAUGUUCUCUGCAUCCAUACCACCGUUCCAGAGAAGUGGGGGUACUGAACUCCUCGGCAUGCUGGGUCAGCAGGAACCACGCGCCGCAGAUCCUGCUCCCAGUGCGGCAGAUAUGGACGAUAUUCUAAUGAACAUUCGAAUGAACGGCUCCGAUAUGCUAUUUGACGAAGUAGAUCAAAAUCAAAACUAUUACCUAGGCGGUAACCGACCGGAGUCGGUGGCAUCUUCGAACAUUUGGAACGAUAAUACGUCUGUGUCUGGCGCUAGAAAUGGCGAAAUGAUGGACACUUUCGAUUUCCUUAUCAAAAGUCUCUCAUCAGCAAACAACUACGUGUCCAUGCUGACUCGCGAGCAAUUGUCUGUGCUGCGUUCGAUCCGGCCGAGUCUGCUGUACGAGUUCCUGCAGGAGGUGGCUAAGGUGCGCAGCGACAGGCGUAUGCGCCGGGCCCUGCCCAACGAAUGCGCUUUCUGCAAAAACAACGGUGAAAAUGAGGAGUGCUAUUCGUCGCACGCGCUGAAGGACUGGCGCGGACGCGUCCUGUGUCCAGUGCUGCGCGCCUUCCGCUGUCCUCGCUGCGGCGCGACCGGCGACCGCGCACACACCAUCAAGUACUGCCCGGAGAACGCUGACACUGCUUCGGAGCGUUCCGGCAGUCUCUCUGCUCGUCGCCGCGUGCCGCCAUCGGCUUCCUUAGUCCUGGGAGGAUCGACCACAAGGACCAACUACGGGCCGCUGACCCCCACCGCGCCGGCACCCUCGCCCGUCCCCACUUCCACAUCCUUCUCCUCCUCAUUUUGGACCAGCUUCAGCAUGAAUUAAAACGACUUACGCUGUUCGUAUUUGAUUGAUUCAAAAUUUGUUGAAAUGCUUUAAUUGAUUAACUUUCAUUAUCUUCUUCGGUCACAUUUGCAGAUUGCCGCUGGUACUCGCAGACAGUAGUUACCACCAUAACCACACCGUCGUGGUAGCUGGCAAUAAUUCUACUGCAUGUAAAAUUCUUGUUGCCUUAAUUACUUCUAUAUAACUUGUUAUAAUUUUGUACUAGAGUUAGACUACUUACGACCAAUUA